GCGCUUUAUACAUAAUACUGACGGACGGUCUAUUCUAGAUUAGAAGUAAGAGGUGUGGUGGCCGUGGAGGGUCAAUAUUAGACGAUUCCGCAAAACAACGACAUGUCGUUCUGCUCGUUCUUUGGAGGGGAGAUUUACAAAGAUCACUUCAAGAAUGGGAUGUACGUGUGCGCCAAGUGCGGGUACGAGCUGUUCUCCAGCCGCACCAAGUUUGAGCAUUCCUCGCCCUGGCCCGCCUUCACAGAGACCAUCCACGAGGACAGCGUCUCCAAGUAUGUAGAGCGGCCCAACGCUCUCAAGGUCUCGUGUGGGAAGUGCGGCAAUGGACUCGGCCAUGAGUUCUUAAACGACGGCCCCAAGAAAGGACAGUCCCGCUUCUGAAUAUUCAGCAGCUCGAUUAAGUUCGUCCCUAAAGACAAAGUCGACGGGGGAGCGAAUCGAGCUUAAAGCCCCAACAAACCGCACCAUCAGCGGGACGCCCCCAACCUUCCCCCACGCCCCAUCAACAAAUGAAUCGGAUGAGGUAAAGCCUCCACCGGACGUCUCGUCUGAUGAAAACGUUACGUGAUGGCGUCGGAUGUGGUUCGGAGCGUCUUUCUGGAGCUGAUCACAUUGCA